CUCCAAACCGCACAGCAUCAUCAUCACUCGGUUCACGGCAGCAUCCUCGUACGCACCACCCUCCUCCUCCUCCUCCUGCUCAUCAUCAACAUCUCCGGGUUGAAGAGGGAUCACAUCGCAGGAAUAAAGACAUAAGAAGAGUCUGUUGUCAGUCAAGUGACUGACAACUCUUCAAAUCUGCGAGGUCUAUCCUGAACAUACUGAAGCUUCAGGUGGCCUCUCCUCUGAAUCUUUGACAACCCUUUUCAUCUUCGGAACCUCUUUAAAAUGGAGGAAGGCUACCAAAACCGGACUGCCUUCAUAAAAGGCGCCAAAGACAUUGCCAAAGAAGUCAAGCGGCAUGCAUCUAAGAAGGUCGGCCGCUCAGUGGAUCGAGUGAGCGAUGAGUACAGCAAGCGCUCCUACAGCCGGUUUGAAGAGGACGACGAUGAUGACUACCCCGUGCAGGGAAGCCAGGAUGGAGGCUAUUACCGUGGAGACAGCCAGGCUGCCAAUGACGAUGAGGGCGGCCACAGUGACUCCACAGAGGGUCACGAUGAGGAUGAUGAGAUCUAUGAGGGCGAGUACCAAGGAAUUCCCCGGGCUGAAUCAGGCAAGGACAAGGACAGCCUGGCUGGAGGGCCGGGCUCGGUGAGUGCCGGCGCUCAGCAGUUCAGCGAUAUCGGAGUGUCCGAGGCCGAGAGGAGGAAGGACCAAGAAGAGCUGGCUCAACAGUACGAGACCAUUUUACAAGAAUGUGGUCACGGGAAGUUCCAGUGGACCCUCUACUUUGUGCUGGGGCUGGCUCUCAUGGCAGACGGCGUGGAGAUCUUCGUGGUCGGGUUCGUCCUUCCCAGCGCUGAGAAGGACAUGUGCCUGUCUGAACCUAACAAAAGCAUGCUGGGUCUGAUUGUAUAUUUUGGGAUGAUGGUUGGGGCUUUCCUCUGGGGGGCUCUGGCUGACCGGAUAGGCCGUCGGCAGUCUCUUCUCAUCUGUCUCUCCAUCAAUAGUGUCUUCUCCUUCUUCUCCUCCUUCGUCCAGGGAUACAGUACCUUUCUGUUUUGCCGGCUCCUCUCAGGUGUUGGGAUUGGUGGCUCGAUUCCCAUCGUGUUUUCCUACUAUUCUGAAUUUCUGUCCCAAGAGAAGCGUGGCGAGCACCUCAGUUGGCUCUGCAUGUUCUGGAUGAUUGGGGGAAUAUAUGCAUCUGCCAUGGCCUGGGCUAUAAUCCCACAUUAUGGAUGGAGUUUCCAGAUGGGUUCGGCGUAUCAGUUCCAUAGCUGGCGUGUGUUUGUGUUAGUGUGCGCAUUUCCUGCUGUGGCAGCCAUUGCUGCCCUCAGUGCCAUGCCAGAGAGCCCACGCUUCUACUUAGAGAAUGGUAAACAUGACGAAGGCUGGAUGAUUCUGAAGCAAGUUCAUGACACUAACAUGCGAGCAAAGGGACACCCAGAGAAAGUGUUUUCUGUCACCACAAUUAAGACGGUGAAACAGAUGGAUGAGUUGGUGGACACUGGCACCGAUACUCCAGUCUGGAAGCGCUACAAGCUGAAGAUUAUGAGCCUAUCCCAUCAGAUUCGGAAUAACGUUCUUGCCUGCUUCAGCCCAGAAUAUAAACGAACGACUUUCAUGCUCAUGGCUGUUUGGUUUACCAUGUCGUUCAGCUAUUAUGGUCUGACGGUAUGGUUCCCAGACAUGAUCAAGUACAUCCAGAAGCAGGAAUAUGAGUCACGCACAAAGACCUUCACUAACGAACGAGUGGAGCACGUUACUUUUAACUUCACCCUGGAAAACCAAGUGCAUCGCCAAGGACACUACUUCAAUGACAAGUUCCUCAACCUGAAGAUGAAGUCCAUGGUGUUUGAAGACUCUGUGUUUAGGGAGUGCUACUUUGAGGACAUCACCUCCACACACACCUUCUUCAGAAACUGCACCUUCAUUGCAAGUUUGCUCUAUAACACAGAUUUAUUCAAGUACAGGUUUGUCGACUGUAAAUUGAUCAACAGCACAUUCCUCCACAACAAGGAGGGCUGCAUACUCGACUUCAGCGACGACUUCAACAAUGCCUACAUGAUAUACUUUGUCAACUUCCUUGGCACGUUGGCGGUGUUGCCUGGCAACAUCGUGUCGGCUCUAUUAAUGGACAAAAUUGGCCGUUUAAGGAUGCUGGCGGGGUCCAGUGUCAUAUCAUGCAUCAGCUGUUUCUUCCUGAUGUUCGGCAACAGUGAGUCGGGGAUGAUCGCCCUCUUGUGCCUGUUCGGUGGCAUCAGUAUUGCCUCCUGGAACGCCCUGGAUGUGAUCACAGUGGAGCUCUACCCCUCGGAUAAAAGGACCACAGCGUUUGGCUUCCUGAACGCCCUCUGUAAACUGGCGGCCGUCCUGGGCAUCAGCAUCUUCCAGUCAUUCGUGGGCAUCACCAAGGCCGUACCCAUCAUAUUUGCUGCUGGUGCCCUCGCUGCAGGUAGUUUCCUUGCAACAAAGUUGCCUGAAACGCGAGGCCAAGUGUUGCAGUAAAACAAAUGACCAGCAGUGGGCAGCAACGCACAUCAGGAGUUUGUGUUUGACAACGAAGAGCCCGAACAUCCCUGAGAGCUUCAGCGCUGCCCGUUACACACCAACAGAGCAGACCGCCAUCCCCAUUGUAAACCCAGAAUCCUUUGAAAUAUGGAUUGCAUCAUUCAAAGUCUUUACAGAGAUUAAGAGAAGAGCACACAGAUGUAAAAAAUAAAUUACCUGCGCCAUGAUGGCACAACUACAUCUGAAUAACACUUUCAAAAGCGUAGUAUGCACAGGGUGAUGCAGUACAAAUUGUGGUGUGCUGUAAAGUUAAAAUGUUAAUUUCUGUACCACAAAUCUACAAUAUCAAACACAAAUGAGAGGACAGAGACGUCAAAUGCAGAGAUCAGACUGUAAAAAAAAAGCCAUUUAUGGGGAACAGUGAAAAGAUUUAGUCUAUGUAUGUGGUCGGUUUUCAAAUAUGAAUGCAGUGUUUUUCUUUCUCGUCUGUCCUCGGCCUCAGUGACCGGCUUUCAGUGCUGCUUUUUCUUUUUCUGCUUGGACAAUUCACUCCACAUUUCCAUUCAGAUUGAUGGUUGUGCUUUGAUGAAUAUUUUCUUUGGAAAUAUCUCACAAUGAAUUUCCAGGCAAAUAUAUUUUCUCUAAAAUGGCCCUAUUACCCUCGACCACUGCCUUCUGAAGCCAGAACUGUUUCUGCAAAAUAAUAUGAAAACAUUCCAGUGAGACUGGAUUUAUUCAGAUUUCCUUGUCCCUGCAUAGAUCUAGUCUGCUCCUCUACUGAUAGGCUCAAAACAGACAGGUGAAGAUGCAUUUCACUGGAUUCUCUGUUGUAAAUGGGAAUAGUUUGAUCCAGCUCCUCAGUGUUAAACUAAUGUUUUCCCUCCCUGUUGUUGAACCAUGCACCUGUGGCAGUGUGAUGUCCGCAACACAGCUACGUCUGUGGGACGGAUUUUGGUCAAGUGGCAAAUGUUGAGAGCAGAUGCUCUUGUGUAAUAUUUGCCUAAAUUAGUUGUGUGGGUGUGCAUGUGUGUCUUUGUUAUGUGAGACAAGAGAAAGUGUUUCAUGUGUUUCAGUGCAGCCAUGUAGACCACAUCUUACUGAUCCAACAGCAGAAUGUACGGAACAGCAGUCACACAUUCAUCUGUGGAAAGUAUAUCAAGUAUAUCAUGCAGUAGCUCAGGUGUGGUGAGAUUUUUAGGCCACGUUUACAGCUGGUGUUAUGUUUUAGCGGCACUCCACUAAAUUAUUGUACAUGCUGGAUAGUUUUCGGAUUAAAAAAAUAGAUUUAUGUGUUAAUUUCGCCUGAAUUUAAAAAAAAAGAAGUAAUUUGAGUGUGAAAGUUCAUUCUUUUUGCAAAGCCUUCAACUGCAUCUCUUUCUUUGCAGUUAGCGUUCAUAGAGAAUGAUGAAAGCUCUGGAAAAGUUACUAAAGUUGAUCUUAACAUUCUUUUUUUCAUCCAUGUUAUUUGGUUGUUUUGUCUUUUCCUGUUUGACCUAAAACAAACAAUACCGUAUCCUUUCUUACAAUUGUGUUAAUGCCCCUUAAAAGUCAUGAGUUUACACUCAU